CCAGCAAAGUUUGGGUGGAACAACACAUCCUACAGGAGGUGACCCGACUGUGUGCAGAGCCCAUCGGCUUACCUGGUGUUGAGUUGGUGAUCAAAAUCAUCCGUCCAGAUUGCAUGGAACAGCUUGUCCCUCGUGAAUGCCGUCUCAAUUCACAGGUUGUAGAUGAGAACAAAAUUUUGGAUGGGAUCAAUCAUUGGGGCAUCCAGUCUGUAGAUUACAAGUACUGCUGGCCUGAGCUCGAACCCAGCCGAAAUUGCAGAGGCCUGAGCAUCUCUGAAAGUUAUGGACUGGACCUGCUAAGGCCAUCAACACUGAGGGACAGUGUGAUCCAGCAGUGGCGGCAGCUCAUACAAGUGGAUAACAAUUUUGAACUAGGCGGAAUUUGCGAGUCUCGAAACGAUAGUCAGGCCUCAGGCGCAGCACAUGCAGAAGCUCACUGUUCAGCACAUGACCACCUCUGCUGCGAUGACGAGGUAGCAGUGGAAGGACUGCCUGGUCCAUUUCAGAGAAUGCUGGAGAUCAUUCUGGCCAGAUUCAACAGGGUUCACAUGGAUGUGAGGAGGAUUGGUGAUGACAUGAAUAAUUUGAAGGGUGCGAUGGAAACGCUGAUGAGAGUUCAGAAAGAGAUGUUCCCCAGCAUCAGCAGGAAGCUGACGGAUCUGUCGUGUCUAGUGGUGGAGAAACACAAGCAUCGACUGCCCCAUCUUCUCUUCUUUUCUGAAAAGGAGGGUGUGAAAGCGAAACUUGCAACCUGGUUUGGCCACCCGCUAGGUGUCCGUCCGCUUCAACUUCACUUGAUGUGUGAAUCUCGGAGCCAGGUACAUUCUGUGGAUGGCCAACCUGGCGAAAAGGUGUGGAUUCAGGAGGAGGAGAAACCAGGGGUUUGGGUGAUGCUAAGAGCAACUCUACUUGUGAUGACAACUUUACUGAUUGCUGGAUGCGGCACGAUGGCAGGAAUUCAUUGUGUGGUGCCUGAUCUAACUAGCCUCAGUCGAGAUUGGUCCCCCAUCAUCGCAGCACGGGUGGCUGGAGGUUUGGCAGUCGGUGCGUACGGAGCUGACAAAGAAAUCAAAGAUUUCAAGGAAAGUUUGAUCAAGGAUUUCGAGGAACGUUGGAAAAAAGGUAAAAGAAUGUUCGAGGAUGGUCCAGAAGAUGAUAUCAAGAGGGCCGAGGCAGCUGCAUGGCUGGAAAGAACUCUUGUGGGUGGGAAUGUUGACAUCAGAGAGAAAUUCCAGUUAUCAAGAGUCAGAUACAAGGACACAUCCUCAAUUGCAUGGAUUUGUGAUGACUGUUUAGUGAGGGAGCAUGGUGAAUUGGAGAUGUUCACAUAAGGAUGGUGAACAGCAUUCGCUUGCAGUAGUGAUUCGAGAAUCGUGAUGGAUAGUUCCGGCAGUUCCAAAAUACUGAUGUUCAUGUACGUUGAGUCAAUUAGUCUUUUCUUAUACAUAAACUUCAUAAAGCCAAUAAGGUAGUGUUGCAGAGAGCUAGAGGUCUCACAAGUCAGCCAAUAAGUAAGGGCUUGCAGAUUGCCCAAGUUCUUCAUUGCACGCUUUCCAACAAACAUGGUUUCCUGUG